UAAUGCGAUGCCACAGCAGCGUGUUGAACUCCAGUAGGGCUCUGCUUGAUGUGACGGAACUUUCUCUUCAUCCUCCUCCUCCUCCUCCUCCUCAGCAUCAGCAUCACUUCUGACUUGAUGACUAUUUCUCUGGGCUUGUUGUCUCCCAGCGCGUCGUUCUCCACGGGUCUGCACUGAAAGUUUGAUUUCCAACAAAGACAAGAGAAGAUGAACAGCACGGGGUUCAACCAGACGCAGGGCGCACUGUUCAACAAGACGGAGGAGUUAUUCUGCUGCAACUUUUCCUCCGUGGUGACUGACAAUGGCUUCGUGGCCGCGGCGCCGGACGAGAGGAGCCUCUUCAUCAUGAGGGUGGUCCAGAUCGCCGUCAUGUGCGUCCUGUCCCUCACCGUGGUCUUUGGCAUAUUCUUCCUGGGCUGCAACCUCCUGAUAAAGUCCGAGGGGAUGAUCAACUUCUUGGUCACGGACAGGAGACCCUCCAAAGAAGCGGAGGCCGUCAUUGUCGGAGCUUAUUGA